AUGAGAUACUACCUGUUCCUAUUAGUGGUCGCCUUUUGCGAGGCGGGCAGGAUAAGGAGAGGUAUUGAUCACACGAAUCUUCAGGCUGUUUAUCACGGCCACGGCGCUACCAGUUAUCAGAAUGUGCAAAUUGAUAAUCACAAUAGUAUAAUAGUGCCUACGAACUACGGGGAUCCUGAGGAAAUUAAAGGUUUGGAGCAUCACGUGUAUCAUCAACCAAUUGUUCCAAUCGUGGAAUCUCACAAUGAUAUAGAACAUUACGAUACAUCUGACUCAGUUCCGUACGAAGAGUUUACCGUUGCCGAUGUCAAAUCUGACGUUUUCGAGCAUUAUUUUGAUCACAAUGAUGAGAAUUACAAUUAUGAUUUUUAUCUAUAAAAAAUAUACAUUUAAAAAAAUUAAAAGUAUUUUUACAAGAUUGAUUGAAAUUAAAAUCUCAGGUAUUUAACAGACCCAUCGCGAUACUUAAUAGUUGAAUAAGGCAUUAAAAGCAUUUUGUAUAAAGCUUUUUUGAUAUUUAUCGUAGCAUAAUUUUUAUUGCAUCGUAAUUUCCAUCAACGCACGAGUACUCUCGCAAAAUUAAUGGCCGGCAAUUCGGAAAGGGGGAAUUAACUUGCAGAGAAGUGACUUGUAAUCUUUUUAUUUCGUCUUGCUCCUUUAUAUCCAAUAUAGAUAUAUAUGUAUAGGAUGAUAUAAUAAUUUAUGUAAAUAACAUUAUACAUAUUAUAAUGAAAACAACAACGUGGUAAUCAUUAUACUAGGCUCUCUCGUUUGAAAUUUAUUUACAAUCCUGUGCGGCCAUUCGUGUAGGAAUGUCGCUUCGUGAAGCGCAUCCUUCGAUCAUGGGAUAAAAAUUACACGAUCUCGAGAUUCUAACGCUGCAAUACUCUAGUCAUUACAUCGCAACAGUCACGGGAACUAGCGACUAGGUCCGACCGUGAGACCGUCCCUCAACUCAAGGUACGUAUGAUCUAGGAAUCGUCAUGAUGAUAGCAAGAAAUUCCUCACGGCAUUAGGCAUCAAUUUACGAAUAAAACAGUCUCGCACACGCACACGCAUACACUUCGAUAGACUUCGACAAUAGUGUU